GAACUGGGAUCCUGUCCUCUCAGCCAGAAGAAAAUCCCCACUGGUGGAAUGCAAACAUGGUAUUCAUCCCAUAUUGCUCAAGUGAUGUUUGGAGCGGUGCCUCUUCCAAGUCUGAGAAAAAUGAAUAUGCCUUCAUGGGGGCCCUGAUCAUACAGGAGGUUAUAAAGGAGCUGGUGGGAAAAGGCCUGAGCACUGCAAAAGUAUUGCUGCUAGCAGGGAGCAGUGCUGGAGGGACAGGAGUGCUCCUGAACGUGGACCGAGUGGCAGAGCAGCUGGAGGAGAUGGGUUACCAAGGGAUUCAGGUGCGAGGCUUGGCAGACUCUGGAUGGUUCCUGGAUAACAAACAGUACCGCAGGACCGACUGCAUCGACACCAUAACGUGUGCUCCCACAGAGGCCAUCAGGAGAGGAAUAAGAUACUGGAAUGGCAUUGUUCCCGAACGCUGUAAGCUGCAGUUUAAAGAGGGAGAGGAAUGGAAUUGCUUUUUUGGAUAUAAGAUUUACCCCACUCUUCGAUGCCCAGUCUUUGUUGUCCAGUGGCUGUUCGAUGAGGCCCAGCUUACUGUAGACAAUGUGCACCUCACUGGCCAGCCUGUUCAGGAAGGGCAGUGGCUCUACAUCCAGAAUUUAGGUAGAGAGCUGAGAAACACCUUGAAGGAUGUGACUGCGAGCUUUGCUCCUGCCUGUUUGUCCCACGAGAUCAUCACACGCAAUCACUGGACUGACAUCCAGGUGAAGGGGACAUCAUUGCCCCGUGCCCUGCACUGCUGGGAUCGGAGCCUCCACGAGAGCAACAAGAAUGGGAAAGCUCCUCUGAAAGGCUGCCCAAUUCACCUGAUUGACAGCUGUCCGUGGCCUCACUGCAACCCCUCGUGCCCCACAAUCAGGGACCAGUUCACAGGGCAGGAGAUGAAUGUGAUCCAGUUCCUCAUGCACAUGGGUUUUGAUGUUCAGAAGAUGGCACAGCAGCAGGGCCUGGAGCCGAGUAAACUCCUGGGGAUGCUCAGCAGUGGUAACUAGAAAGGUCUGAGGGGCAGAGAUUAGAUCAGGAGGAGAGAGACUCUCAGCACUUCUCCCAAACUUUCUAAUCUUCUUCCUAAUGUUCCUGCAGGCAGAUGCAUGCUCAUACCCAUGGCACACUCACACCUGUGCACUCACAUGCUCCCACACUCUUGCACGCUUAUGGUGUGUCAAGAAAAAAAAAGAAAAAAGGAAAAAAAAAAAGGCAAGCAGCAAUUUCUUGCUUACAUUGUUUGGCUGGAACUUGUUCCCUUCCUCCAAACUCCAGGGCUAAGUUUCAGCUGGUCACAUCCUCUUCCUGUGCUACACAAGGCAGUCAGAUACAGGGAGUAGCAAAGCCAUAAAUAGCAGCGAUGAGAACCUUCCCCAGAUCUGGGACAUCUUCCCUUGCCAUCAGUUUUACAUCAUAGACUUGUUACAAGUGGUGAAAAAAGCAAGCACUGGAUUUCUUCUGUCCAACUAGGAGCGAAGGAAUGGUUACAUUACUUCCUGGAGGUUAGCAUCUCAUGCUGAAUCACAGUAUACAGACCCAGGACACGUGCUAGGGAUGGACACUCUUGUACUCAAUUUAUUCAUAUUAUUUUAUAAAAUGACUUUUUAAUUACUUUUUUAAACUAAGCAAGAAAUAUAAAGGAUAUUGUAACAUAUUUUUUUUUUAAAUAACGAAGAAACCUCUUGCUACUUUGGCAACGUGGACAUAUUUAUUUUAAUAUGUAAAACGCUAUUUAUAAGGGCUGACCAGAGAACCAUACGUAUGUCUUUGUAAAGUUGUAUAUGCUGCUCAUUUGGAUGGGUUAUCCUGAUGGUCACUUGUGCCUGGGAGAGGGCUAAGGGUGGUGGUGAUGUUUUGUAUUAAUUAGAUUUCUGUGUUCCCCUUGCAGUGUGCCUUGUCAUUGUUUCUCUGAUGAAGAGGUUGUAAUGUAAGGUUUAAGUACAGAGACUUUCACCCAG